AUGGCAGGGAGUGUAAUUAUAGCAGCUUCAGCCACUGUCCAUGGUAUUAUAGCAGCUUCAGCCACUGUCCAUGGUAUUAUAGCAGCUUCAGCCACUGUCCAUGGUAUUAUAGCAGCUUCAGUCACUGUCCAUGGUAUUAUAGCAGCUUCAGCCACUGUCCAUGGUAUUAUAGCAGCUUCAGCCACUGUCCAUGGUACCGGUAUUAUAGCAGCUUCAGCCACUGUCCAUGGUACCGGUAUUAUAGCAGCUUCAGCCACUGUCCAUGGUAUUAUAGCAGCUUCAGCCACUGUCCAUGGUAUUAUAGCAGCUUCAGCCACUGUCCAUGGUACCGGUAUUAUAGCAGCUUCAGCUACUGUCCAUGGUAUUAUAGCAGCUUCAGCUACUGUCCAUGGUAUUAUAGCAGCUUCAGCCACUGUCCAUGGUAUUAUAGCAGCUUCAGCCACUGUCCAUGGUAUUAUAGCAGCUUCAGCCACUGUCCAUGGUAUUAUAGCAGCUUCAGCCACUGUCCAUGGUAUUAUAGCAGCUUCAGCCACUGUCCAUGGUAUUAUAGCAGCUUCAGCCACUGUCCAUGGUAUUAUAGCAGCUUCAGCCACUGUCCAUGGUAUUAUAGCAGCUUCAGCCACUGUCCAUGGUAUUAUAGCAGCUUCAGCUACUGUCCAUGGUAUUAUAGCAGCUUCAGCCACUGUCCAUGGUAUUAUAGCAGCUUCAGACAAUUUCUGA